AUCAACGACCAUAGCGAUAUCAGAAUGACCGUGAAGUGCCGGGCGUAUGACUCGUUGCACGAAAAAGAACGUGUUCACUAAAAGAAAUGUCGAAGUUUCUAUGGCGGCUUGUGGCGUUUGCGUGUGAUCCCAGGUCACCGAAAUUCAUGCAGUCACCGCCGAUUGAAUCCUACAGGGGUUGGUGGACCAUUCCGUAUUUCUCCUGCAAGACCCGCCGUUGGCUCAUCUCAUAUAGCGUCAACGUGAAAUCGUUGGAUGUCCGACCUGGAGUACGGGAAUUUAUCAGCAUCGAUAUUGAUAUAAGUGGAUUAGAAGUGAAUCAGUGCGACACCCUGAUGCAAAAUCACAAUGACGAAUUCGAGGCCGCCUCGAGCAAUCAAAUAGCCUUUUUUAAGGGCACCCACAAGUGUCACAUGGAUACCACGCAAUGCGUGUAUCAGGGGUCUGGCAGCCGAGUAAACCACAAUGGAGUAGGCGCCGGUUGGACGAAAGGCGCGUAUGUGUGUAAGUGUAGGCAAGGCUUUUACAGCAUCAGACAUCAUCUAACGGGUUUCGAAGGAAUUCUUGUGGAAGCUGCGUGGAAGGAAAUGAGGGAAAACAAGAGUGACUCCUAUGAGAAGAUAUUUCUAUGUCUGCGUUGCGCACCGGGAUGCGCGAGAUGCAAAGGCCCUGAGCCUUGCUUGGCGACGUACAACUGGCCGUUUAGAAUCUCACUACUAGCCGUUUCAAUUUUCUGCGCGUUCGGUACCAUCGUCCUGGUGGCGUAUAUGUAUCAGCACCGUAAACUAAAGGUAUUCAAGGUAGCUUCCCCGAUAUUUCUAUCUAUUACGCUUCUGGGUUGCGCCUUGAUGUAUCUCGAGAUGGCUGCUAUAUUCCCAGUUCUCGAUAUGUAUUCGUGUAUUGCCACAAAGUGGACGAGGCAUAUGGGAUUUUGCGUCUCGUAUACGGCGUUGCUGAUGAAAACCUGGCGGGUUUCGCUUACGUAUCGGGUAAAAAGCGCCCACAAAGUUAAGCUGACGGACAAACAGUUGCUGCAAUGGAUGGUGCCCAUUUUGCUGGUAAUGCUGAUCUAUCUCGGAACUUGGACUGUCAGCGCGCCGCCUUACGCAGAAGUAAUCGCAGAUAAUCACGACUUAAAGUUUUACCAGUGUUCGUACAACUGGUGGGACCACAGCUUGGCUAUCGGUGAAAUUCUCUUCCUCGCUUGGGGCAUAAAGGUAUGUUACAACGUGCGAAAUGCGGAGAGUCUGUUUAACGAGGCUCGUUUGAUAAGUUACGCCAUUUACAAUAUAGCCGCGGUGAAUAUAACCAUGAUAGCCAUUCAUCUCUUCAUAUUUCCUCGUGCCGGACCGAACAUCAAAUACCUGUUAGGCUUUCUGCGGACUCAACUUUCGACGUCCGUUACGGUCUUCCUCGUAUUCGGUCCUAAAGUAAUCAGAGUAUUGCGAGGUCAGGGGGAUCAGUGGGACAGUCGAGCAAGGGCACGUGGCGUCACUGCAAGCUUUUCCUUGAACGGAAUCGGUUUAGUACCGGAGGAGACAACAGAUUUGUACCAGGAAAAUGAAGAACUUAAGGAGGAGAUUCAGAAAUUAGCCGCACGAAUCGAAUUCAUGAAGAUAGUGCACAUGGAGAUGCAUAACCGACACAUUAAGCCGAAGAUAGGUGGUUACUUCAGCGCACACGGUCAUGGGUAUCCAUCUACCGGGCAGAGUCCCAUCGCCAAGAGCUCGACGGCCAGCUUUAUUCUCAAAACACAUGAAGAAGCAAUGUGA